AUGCCACAAACGUCCGAGGAGUUUGGAGUUGGACGGUCUCUGCAGGAUGCAGCCACGUUGGAGGGCCGCCACACCCCCAAACCGAAACCAUUCCGGCGAGGAUACGUAGCAUGCAUUCCAUGUCGAACGAGAAAAGUCAGAUGUGUGCUCGAGAAUGAGCCACCUUGCGCCAAAUGUCGCAGGGAACACCGGGAAUGUGUAUUUGAAGAUCAACAUAAAUCAACGAGGCACCGAGAUCCUCCCCAAUGGACGAGAAACUCCGGGGCAUCAUCCGCGAGGACGUCGGCAGUGGCUCAGCGAUCGCUGCAGGGUGUCCCGACAUCUGAUGUGACACCCCUUUCCAGUGGAGUUCCUUUUUCUGGCCCGUCGUACCAAAAACCCCACGCUCAGCAGCCGACGCCAACAAACAUGAGCGACCAAAUUCCGGAAGUCAGUCCCGCAAGCACCAAUCAUUCCCUUGCUGAUAGUCUACUAUCGACUGUGAUAACCAGACCGGGCAAUGCCUUGGAUGUACUUUUUGAUGUUGCCCAACCUCGGACAACACAGACCGGUGCCGAAAGUAGCGGUGCUCCUAUGCAUCUUGGCCAACAGGCCACAGUGGGUACCUCACCACAGGUUACAUCCACACCUCCACAGUUUCAUGGUUCCGCAAUUACCCAGUUGUCAAUACCUAGCAAUGAGACUCUUGAUGUCUGGGACAAGUCACGUUUUGUACGACAAGGAGUUGUGACUGCUCAGGAAGUGGUCACCUAUCUCGAUUUGUUCUUCCAGCACAUAGCGCCCCUAACACCUGUAUUACCUGAUCAUUAUCGCCAUCAUGAAAGCCAUCAUAGUCUCAUCCAUGAAGAGCCAAUGCUAUUGUGUACGAUAUUGAUGAUCUCGUCUCGGUUCUUCACCCUUCCAGGUGCCGGAGGUAUUUCUCGCAGUCAUCAUGUGCAUCAGAGAUUUUGGAACUACUGUGACCAUUUAAUCCGUCGGGUCAUGUUCGGCCAGGAGAAGCUCUCCUCUGCGAGGACUCGUGUUGUUGGGACCAUUGAGAGCUUCAUAUUGAUCAGUGAUUGGCACCCACGUUCAAUCCAUUUCCCGCCCGACUCUGAAGGCUGGGAUGUUUUGUUGAUUCAGCCAGAAUAUGACGGUGCCAAUCGGCUCGUCAGCGACGGUAAUGCCCCAUUGAUACGUUGGAGAGAGGACGUGUUUGAACCUGCUCGACGAGCAGAGCGUAUGUCUUGGAUGUUGCUGGGAGCUGCCACAAACCUGGCGUACGAACUAGGCAUUCUUGCUGAUGACUUCGAUCAAACGACGACGGAAAAUCUUCCUGUCUCCCGUUAUAUUCGCGUCAGACAGGUUCUAUCGGUGUACGUCUCAUAUCAAGCUGUCAGACUUAGCUGUUCAUCGAUUCUGCCACAAAAUAUCUCCAACACUUCUAUGACCACAAGCCUCGAAUCCCUCAAUGAUGCGACGGACAAGUCAUGGCGGGCAUUCAUGAAUUUGUGGAUUGAUUUGACCCAGUUAAUGAAAACAGCUUCUGCUAUGUUCUUUCAAUCCAAAUCUCACACAAAGCAGCAACUACUGAAUGGUCACUAUCUGAUUCUGCUACAGCAUUUUUCGCCUUCACUCAGUGCUUGGCAUGAUAGGUUCGUCGCUGCUUCAACCGAUCUAUCGCCUAGCUUCCAAGAUCUCCUCUUCAUUGAGUUUCAGCAUCUCAAGAUAUACACGGGAGCACUGUCUAUACAGGCUGUGGUAGAGCGCGCUCUUGCACGAGGGAUCAGUGCAACCGAUAAGAGUCAGGCCGAUGUGUUCAAAGCUUGCGUCCUUGCGCAGGAUUGGAAGUUCAUCCGUGACGUGGUGACAGACAGUUGCAAGAGCCUGCAAAAGGCAACUACCAUGGCACAAGCAGGUCGACUUCGCUACACGCCAAUGCGGACACUCGUUUGCAUCACCACUGCGUCUGUUCUUCUGCUCAAAGCUCUCACUCUGGGCCCGCAGCACACAGAUCUAGCCACCGCGCUAAGUAUUCUGGAUGAUAGUAUCGCAGCAUUGCGAUCGUCGGCUGUUGAUGACAUGGACUUUUCACCGAGAUAUGCCACGCUGAUGGAGAAGCAUGUGGCCAGAUUCCGCGCAAACUAUACAGCUCCACACUCCCCAAAUAGAUCCGAAGGCACAUAUCAGAUCAACGUGUCGGGGCCGCCGCAAAAUCUUCAAAGCAAAGAUUCUAGUGAGCAGAAUGUGCAGCAGGACCCACAUGCCGCGCUCAACGGAGAAGAUGUGUAUGGAGAAGAUUUUGACAUGCUCGAUACUUAUCAGCUCAAUGGCGGCGAUAAUGAUUGGGCAGCUCGCCCUUUUGACCCGAAUGUUGCCCCUUUUGGAGCAGCCGGAGAUCACCUCUCGCUCGGGUUCGAACUUGAUAGUCUAGACUUUUUGUGGAAUUUACCUGACCCUGCAUAA